GAGAACAAUGGCAGCAUUGGUGAGCACAACAAGCCCCGAAGGAAACAGAACUGGGAAACCUCUGUAUGGAUUAUUUCAAUAUAGUCCCAGCAUGCUUGGACUUGAGUCACUUCCAGAUCCCUCAGACACCUGGGAGAUUAUAGAGACCAUUGGGAAAGGCACAUAUGGAAAAGUCUAUAAAGUAACAAAUAAGAAAGAUGGGAGCCCUGCAGCUGUAAAAAUCCUGGAUCCAAUCAGUGAUAUGGAUGAAGAGAUUGAGGCAGAAUACAACAUUUUGCAAUUUCUUCCAAAUCAUCCAAAUGUGGUCAAGUUUUAUGGAAUGUUUUAUAAAGCUGACCCAAAUGUGGGCGGACAACUAUGGCUGGUCCUAGAGCUGUGUAAUGGAGGCUCUGUCACGGAUCUUGUCAAAGGCCUACUGAAGUGUGGUCAACGGUUGGAUGAAGCUAUAAUCUCCUACAUCUUGUAUGGGGCGCUUUUGGGUCUUCAGCACUUGCACAACAAUAGGAUUAUUCACCGUGACGUCAAGGGGAACAACAUUCUUCUGACAACAGAAGGAGGAGUUAAGCUCGUUGACUUUGGUGUUUCAGCUCAGCUAACCAGCACACGUCUACGAAGAAACACUUCAGUUGGCACACCAUUUUGGAUGGCUCCUGAAGUCAUUGCUUGUGAGCAGCAGUACGACUACUCUUACGAUGCUCGAUGUGACGUCUGGUCCCUGGGGAUCACGGCUAUAGAGCUGGGGGAUGGAGACCCACCCUUGUUUGACAUGCAUCCUGUGAAAACCCUCUUUAAGAUUCCAAGAAAUCCUCCACCUACUUUACUUCAUCCGGAAAAAUGGUGCUGGGGUUUCAACCACUUCAUUUCACAGUGUCUUAUUAAGGAUUUUGAAAAGCGCCCAUCUGUCACACAUCUCCUAGAGCACCCAUUUAUUAAAGAAACCCAUGGUAAGGAUUUGGCUUUGCAGAAACAGUUGGCUAAGCUUCUUCAAGACCAGAAACCAUAUCGAAGCUCUGUUGUCAAAUCCAGGCACGAAACCAUGUAUACUAGAAGAACUUAUCAUGUGGAAGCUCCGGAAGAAUGUUCCCUGGAUGAUGAUUUGGUCAACCUGGAAGUUCUAGAUGAGGAUACAAUUAUUCACCAGCUGCAAAAACGUUAUGCAGACUUACAGAUUUAUACAUACGUUGGAGACAUCUUAAUAGCCCUAAACCCCUUUCAAAAUCUCAGCAUAUAUUCCCCACGGUUUUCCAAACUGUAUCAUGGUGUGAAACGGUCCUCAAAUCCCCCCCACAUAUUUGCCUCUGCAGAUGCUGCAUACCAAGGCAUGGUAACUUUCAGCAAAGACCAGUGCAUUAUCAUCAGUGGAGAGAGUGGUUCUGGGAAGACAGAAAGUGCCCAUCUGAUUGUCCAGCAUUUGACCUUCCUGGGAAAGGCCAACAACCGGGCUCUGAGAGAGAAAAUACUCCAGGUGAACCCCUUAGUGGAAGCAUUUGGCAAUGCUUGUACUGCCAUCAAUGACAACUCGAGUCGUUUCGGGAAGUAUCUGGAAAUGAUGUUCACACCAACGGGAGCUGUAAUGGGGGCAAAAAUUUCUGAAUACCUCUUGGAAAAGUCCAGAGUUAUAAAACAAGCUGUAGGAGAGAAAAAUUUUCAUAUUUUUUACUAUAUUUAUGCUGGUCUUUAUCACCAAAAGAAAAUUUCUGAGUACAGUCUGCCAGAGAAAAAGCCUCCUAGGUACAUAGAUAAUGAGACAGGAAGGGUGAUGGAAGAUAUUAUUGCUAAAGAGUCAUAUGGAAAACAAUUUGAAGAAAUUCAGCACUGCUUUAAGAUUAUAGGGUUCACUGACGAGGAGGUGCAUUCUGUGUACAGAAUCUUAGCAGCGAUUUUGAACACUGGGAACAUCGAGUUUGCAUCAAUAUCUUCGGAACACCAGACGGAUAAGAGUGAAGUGCCCAAUUCAGUGGCCUUGGAAAAUGCUGCCACCCUGCUUGGCAUCAGCUCAGAGGAAUUCCAGGAGGCUCUCACCUCACACUGCGUGGUUACCAGAGGGGAAACCAUCAUCCGCACCAACACCGUGGACAAAGCUGCUGACGUCCGAGAUGCCAUGUCGAAAGCCCUGUAUGGGAGGCUUUUCAGCUGGAUUGUAAAUCGCAUCAACACGCUGUUACAGCCAGACAAAAAUAUAUGCCGUGCAGAGCGUGGGAUGAAUGUUGGGAUUCUGGAUAUCUUUGGAUUUGAGAACUUCCAGAGAAACUCCUUUGAGCAGCUCUGUAUAAACAUUGCCAAUGAGCAAAUCCAGUACUAUUUCAACCAACACAUUUUUGCACUUGAGCAGAUGGAAUAUCAGAAUGAAGGAAUUGAUGCCACAGUAGUGGAAUAUGAAGACAAUCGCCCUCUCCUGGAUAUGUUUCUCCAGAAACCAAUGGGACUGCUUUCUCUCCUUGAUGAAGAAAGCAGAUUUCCCCAGGCAACAGACCUGACAUUAGUUGAUAAAUUUGAAGAUAAUCUUCGAUGUAAAUACUUCUGGAGGCCAAAACGAGUGGAGCUAUGCUUCGGCAUUCAGCACUAUGCUGGAAAGGUUUUAUACGAUGCUUUUGGCUUUCUGGAGAAGAAUAGAGACACAUUACCUGCUGACAUCGUCAUGGUCCUGAGAACGUCAGAGAACAAACUUGUUCAACAGCUCUUCUCCAUUCCAUUAACCAAAACAGGUAACUUGGCCCAGGCAAGAGCAAGAGUGACAGCAGCAUCUAGGUCUUUGCCUCCUCAACUCAGUGCUGGGAGAGUCAAGGUGGACACUCUAGAAGUGAUGAAGCAUCCAGAGGAAACUACUAACAUGAAGAGACAAACUGUGGCUUCUUAUUUUCGGUAUUCACUGAUGGAUCUGCUCUCCAAAAUGGUAGUUGGACAGCCUCAUUUUGUCCGCUGUAUUAAACCCAAUGAUGACCGAGAAGCCCUGAGGUUCUCUAGAGAGAGAGUGCUGGUACAGCUUCGAUACACUGGAAUUCUAGAAACUGCCAGUAUCCGCCAACAGGGGUAUUCCCACCGCAUCCUCUUUGAAGAGUUUGUGAAAAGGUACUAUUACUUGGCAUUCAGAGCACAUCAGUCACCACUUGCUAACAAAGAAAGUUGCGUUGCUAUCUUGGAAAAGUCCAAACUAGACCACUGGGUGUUGGGGAAAACAAAGGUUUUUCUCAAGUAUUACCAUGUAGAGCAGUUAAAUUUGCUGCUUCGAGAAGUUAUAGGCACAGUGGUGGUCAUACAGGCUUAUGCCAAGGGGUGGCUUGGAGCUAGGAGAUAUAAGCGAGUUAAAGAGAACAGAGAAAAAUGUGCCGUUACCAUCCAGGCAGCCUGGAGAGGAUAUGAUGCUCGCAGGAAGUUUAAGAAAAUAAGCAACAGAAGAAGUGAGGCUGCUGUUCAUAUUCAAGCAGUUUUUAGGGGUUAUCUUCUCCGAAAAAGCAAUACAGGACCCCAGAUCCUCCCUGGCUUUGCAGAAGGUAGAGAACCCACUAACACUGCGACUGGAAACCCUCAUGGAAGCUGGCAACAGCUUGCCCAGAGCUCUCCCAAGGAGUCUGAUGUUCUCCCCCUGCAAAUAAACAAGCAUGCAGUCUCCAGGAGUGAUUCACUACAGUCUACUCGGGUGUCUGUUGGUUCUCCGGAUCUUCGAUUCUCAAGUCCUAGGGAAGACUCACAAAAGCCAGGUUCAGAAAACUGUGUCGAACAGAAGCUGAGAACACCUCGCAGAAGAUGUCAGCAGCCCAAAAUGCUGAAUAGCCCUGAGGAUAACAUGUACUAUAACCAGUUAAACGGAACUCUAGAAUAUCAAGGGAGCAAGAGGAAGCCAAGAAAAUUUGGCCAAAUCAAAGUGCUUGAUGGGGGAGAUGAAUAUUACAAAUCGCUGUCUGCUGUGGAUUCCAUCCCUGAAGAAGAUGGCUCCGUCCACUGUUCACCGCUUUCCUCAUCUUCUGGAGGACAGCCUUUGGCUAAAAGCUGAGCUGUGCUACCUGCCCCUCAAUCUGCUGCUGCUGGUUGCCUUUGUUCCCUUUCUCCGUCCGCCUGCCUGGAAGAAACUGCGGAAAAACUGACUGCGGAAACUUCCCUGGUCCGGAAAUCUGCCCUUGGCUGCCGCCGCGCUAGAGAGCUUCUGCUGGGCUGUGGCCGCUUCGCUCGGCUGCGCACCAGGCUGCGUCUCCUCGGGUGCUGCAGCGGCUCCGGGCCAGCCGGCAGGGCUUCCAAACUGCCCCUCACCAACCCCCGGUUCAAGUUGUCUCGGCAUUCAGGUAAUGCCUACUCCGGGGUGGAAGACCCACGUGGCAUUCUUGCUUCCACUUGGUGGAGAGGGAGGAGGGAGAAAAUGAAGUACAGUCCUUUCCCCCUUGUUAAAUCCGUGACCCAAAGGCUAAGUGGUGAAGCUGACUUCCCACCUUUUCUACUCCUCCCUCGCCACCCUCCACACCGACUCCCCUUUUUUUCUGCCUAGGCUCCAUGCACUUGUUUGUGAGCUCGGCGCGCAGCCCUCAUGGGUUUGCUCCCCUUCGGGCUUCUGCAAGCUUGCAGUGCGUUUGGUCUUUUCAUGUCUCUUUAUAUUAUGGCGGAGCAGCCACACACUUUUCAUGAGAGCAGUGCUUUGUGUAAAAGCAUUGGCAUUUGGCCUUGAUACCUGUAUCUCUUGAUGAUUGCAACAAAUUUCUAAAAUAAAUAUUGUACUUUGA